AACUUUCAAAUCUCUGCUUCUCAGCUCAGGGGCGGGGUUUCAUCCCGGGAGGUUCCGCCCUGGGUUCUCGGGAGGAUUUUGGGGAAAUGAAAGUCACCAAGGACCGGCCCUGGUCCAACUCGUGACCCGGCGCCUGGGGUCCCAGCACAGAUUUCCCGGCUCCAGCCCCAUGGCCGCUCUGAGCCUGCUGCUCCUGGGCGCGCUGCUCUGGGUCCCAGCAGGCACCCUCACCUGCUACGGGGACUCGGGGCAGCCUGUGGACUGGUUCGUCGUCUACAAGCUGCCAGCCAAUAACGGGUAUAAGUACUUGGAUGCGGACUCAGGGGGCUGGCGCGACGGGACGGUGACCAUCGACAACCCCAAGGGAGCCGUAGGCCGCAGCUUGCUGCCCCUGUACAAGAACACCAGCCAGAUUGCCUUCCUACUUUACAAUGACCAGCCACCUAAUCCCAACGGGACCCAGGACUCUUCCAGCCGGGGGCACACGAAGGGUGUGCUGCUCCUGGACAAAGAAGAGGGCUUCUGGCUGAUCCACAGUGUCCCAGGCUUCCCUCCACACGAUGCAUACCUCUGGCCUCCCCAGGCCCACAGAUAUGGCCAGACCCUCCUCUGUGUGUCUUUUCCGUUCGACCAGUUCUCAAAGAUUGGCACCCAGCUGAGCUACACCUUCCCCGACGUGUUUUGCCACCGGCUGGAAGGGGUCUUCCUUGAGAAAUUGCCUGGCCUGGCCGAGGUGGCCAAGGGCCACCAUGUUCUCAACCGGCCCUGGAACAGCAGCGUGACACUCACAUCCAAGGCAGGGGCCACCUUCCAGAGCUUUGCCAAAUUUGGGAAAUUUGGAGAUGACCUAUACUCUGGCUGGUUGGCAGAAGCUCUUGGAAGCAACCUACAGGUCCAGUUCUGGCAACACUCUCCUGGCAUCCUGCCCUCCAACUGCUCUGGGCCCCAGAAAGUGCUGGAUGUGACCCAGAUAGCCUUCCCCGGACCAGCCGGGCCCACGUUCAGAACCAUGGAGGACCACUCCAAGUGGUGUGUAGCUCCAGAAGGGCCCUGGGCCUGUGUGGGCGACAUGAAUCGGAACCAUGGGGAGGAGCACCGGGGUGGGGGCACGCUGUGCACCCAGCUGCCUGCCCUCUGGAAAGCCUUCCAGCCGCUGGUGAAGGCCUGGCAACCCUGGAGAGAAGAGCAGCACCUGGACUCCAGAAAGCCCCGCAGAGCACGUAGGAGCAGCGUGGACGUCAGCUUAAACCCCAGUGCAGCCCCUUAUUGUGUGGCCUUCACUGUGUGCCUUAGCCCGUGACUCAGUCUACUCACCUGCAAAAUGGAAGCACUUGGCUCAGAAGCUGUGAGGAGCCCUAGCCGGUGUGGCUCAGAGGACAGAGCAUCGGCCUGCGGACUGAAGGGUCCUGGGUUCUAGUCCGGUCAAGGGCAUGCGCCUUGGUUUCGGGCA